AUGUUUGAUUAAUUUGAAAUAACUAUACAUGAUUUUUGGCGAUAAGCAGAGAGUAAUGCGUUUUCAAACUUGUUCCGGCAUUCAUUUCCAGUGCCUUGCAUGUGCCUCUAUUCCUCAUUUCUCAAUCCCCAAUCCCAAUGUCUUCCACCACCAUUCACGAAAACAACCACCACAACGGCUCCCACAUACCCAAAAAACCCAAACUCUCUUCCACCUUCAUAACUCCGUCGGAAAUCGAAUCCGAAUUCGGCCACCACGACGCUGCCGUCGCGCGCAUCAACAACGGCAGCUUCGGGUGCUGCCCGGCCUCCAUCCUCGCCGCGCAGCGCCGCUGGCAGCUCCAGUACCUCCGCCAACCCGACCACUUCUACUUCAACGAUCUCCAAUCCGGCAUCCUCCAAUCCCGAACCCUAAUCAAGGACCUCGUCAACGCCGACCACGUCAAUGAGAUCUCCAUCGUCGACAACGCCACCACCGCCGCCGCCAUCGUCCUCCAACACACCGCCUGGAACUUCCGCGAAGGGAAGUUCCAAAAAGGCGACGUCGUCCUCAUGCUCCACUACGCCUACGGCGCCGUUAAGAAAUCCAUGGAAGCCUACGUCACGCGCGCCGGAGGUAACGUCGUUGAGGUCCCGUUACCUUUCCCCGUUAAUUCCAACGACGAGAUCGUUUCCGAGUUUAGAAAAGCUUUGGAGAGAGGAAAGAGUAACGGAAAUAGGGUUAGGUUAGCGGUGAUAGAUCACGUGACUUCCAUGCCAUGUGUUGUUAUUCCCGUUAAAGAGUUGAUUCAGAUUUGCAGGGAGGAAGGGGUAGAUCAGGUUUUUGUCGACGCUGCACAUUCCAUUGGGUGCACUGAUGUUGAUAUGAAGGAGAUUGGUGCUGAUUUUUAUACUAGUAAUUUGCACAAGUGGUUCUUUUGUCCACCUUCAAUUGCGUUUUUGUACACUCGUAGGAACCUUAAGGGUACUGAUCCUGGUUCUGAUUUGCAUCACCCUGUGGUGUCUCAUGAGUAUGGAAAUGGUUUGGCUGUGGAGAGUGCUUGGAUUGGGACCAGGGAUUAUAGUGCUCAGUUGGUGGUUCCGGCGGCGGUGGAGUUUGUUAACCGGUUUGAAGGAGGGAUUGAGGGGAUCAAGAAGAGGAAUCAUGAGGCUGUUGUGGAGAUGGGGGAGAUGCUGGCGAAGGCGUGGGGGACUCGGCUAGGGAGUCCCCCGCAUAUGUGUGCUAGCAUGGUUAUGGUUGGCUUGCCGGCUUGUUUGGGAAUUGGGAGUGAUUCUGAUGCCCUCAAGUUGAGGACACAUUUGAGGGAUGCUUUUGGCGUUGAGGUUCCAAUAUACUAUAGAUCGCCGAGAGAGGGAGAAGUUGGGGUGGUUACUGGAUAUGCGAGGAUUUCUCAUCAGGUGUAUAACAAGGUUGAUGACUAUUACAAGUUUAGGGAUGCGGUUAACCAGCUUGUGCAAAAUGGGUUCACUUGUGUUGUUCUUUCGUCGGAUUGAAGAGGAUAUGUUUAGUUCACAAAAAACAUCUUGGUUGAUUUUCUUAUCAAUCAUAUCUGCCCGUUGAAUAUCACUGCCAUUUUCAUUUUUCAAGCAUUCCUACUACGCACAUACAUACAUGUCCGAGUACCAAAGUUGCAUAACCAUAAAAUUCCCAUCUCAUUUGUGUAGUCCCCCCAUGCCAAAAUUUCAUAGAGAUUCAAAGUACUCCGUACUCCCUGUUCCAACAAGAAGCCCUAUUGGUAGUCAUCAUCACCACCCUUUAUGCCAUGUUGCAUAACCUAUACUCCAAUUGUUAGAGGUUUAUGUUAAAGAGGAAUUUGGUUUGGUUAUUGGAACGUGCUCUGUUUCUGUGGGUUCUGUUGUGUAUUGCAAGUUGUGGAUGGGGGAACAUUUUUGUUUGUUUUCGUUUCAAUUAGCUAUAGGGGUGGAUUUUGUUUGGAUGAUGGGGAUUUGAUUGGCUUCAUAGAUGUUGGUUCAUGGUGCUCUCACUGACAGUUCUGGUUAUUUUAUUUACGAUGAUUUGAAGUGUGGCAUCCGUAGGUAGAGGUAGGGAUGAUUUCUUGUAUUUCAUGGUUGAAAAGGGACAGAUUCAAAGAUUGUAACUAAAGAUUAUUUAAAUAGGUGAUAAUGAUUUUCAGCACUCACAUGACGUGC